AUGUCAACAAAGUUGAGAAUACUGGUACCAGUGAAAAGAGUCAUUGAUGCUUCGUUGAAGCCUAGAAUUAACAAGGCCCAGACAGGCGUUGAAACUAAGGGGGUCAAAUUCAGUAUCAACCCCUUUGACGAUAUUGCUGUCGAAGAAGCUGCCAAGAUUAAGGCUGCACAUAAAGGUGCUGUUGAAAAGCUGCAUGCCGUUUCUAUUGGUGGUACUAAAUCUCAAGAUGUAUUGAGAAUUGCAUUAGCCAAAGGCUUCGACACAUCUACGUUAGUUGACGUUGGCGAACAGGAAGUUGAACCGUUGCAAGUUUCAAAGAUUCUGCAAAAAGUUGUUGAGAAAGACAAUUUCAAUCUGGUUAUUUUGGGUAAGCAGGCAAUCGAUGACGAUUCUAACCAAACUGGACAAAUGCUGGCUGGUUUAUUGAACUGGCCUCAAGCUACCAAUGCUUCAGAGGUUAUAAUCGAAGGAGAUUCUGUUACUGUCACAAAGGAAAUAGAUGGUGGUGCAGAAACUGUUAAGGCUAAAUUGCCAUUGAUCAUCACCACUGACUUAAGAUUAAACGAGCCUAAGUUUGUCACGCUUCCUAAGAUGAUGAAGGCUAAAAAGAAGCCUAUUGAAACUCUUAAACCAGAGGACCUUGGCGUUUCUGUUGAACAAAGGCUAAAGGUUUUGAAGCUGGAGGAGCCCCCUGUCCGUAAAGCUGGUAUAAAGGUUAAGGAUGUUGAUGAGUUAGUUGCCAGGAUUAAGGAAUUAAUCUAA